UCUGUUUCCCUGCUUUGGACAUCUCCAAAGUGGGGAUUCUCUGGAAACUUUUCCUGCCUUGCUUUCCUCUCGCUCUCAUCUCCCUCCCCGUCCCCACCCCCUCCAUAAACUUUCUGUAAAAAAAGAGAGAAUAAAGCGGGGGGAAAUCUAAAUAUGAAGGAUUACCGGCUUCCCAGCGAAGGAAAAAUGAACAUUUAUCACCCACCUUCUGGGGCUACUUCGAAGGCGUAUGUUUCAGGCCUAAAGUACAGCAAUAAAUUGGAGGAUAUGAACGGCCUGGAAGAAGGGUUGGAGUUCCUCCCCACCAUGAACGCCAAGAAGGUGGAGAAGAGGGGUCCCAAGCGCUGCAUAGUGGCGAUGGCCAUCGUCCUGGUCUGCCUCCUCCUCUCCCUGCUCGCCGGGUUCCUGGUUUGGCACUUUAGAUACAGGAAUGCCCCUGUGCAGAAAGUCUACAAUGGCCACCUGAGACUCGUGGGGCGCCACUUCAUCGAUGCUUACGAGAAUUCCAGCUCCCCUGAAUUCGCUGACUUGGCCAGGGAGGUGAAGAAAAUGCUUAUAAACAUCUAUAAAAAUAAUCGGGAUGUCAGUCCUUUCCACAAGGAAACUCAAAUCGUCGCGUUCAGCGAGGGCAGCAUUAUUGCCUACUACUGGUCCGAGUUCAGUGUCCCUAAACACAAUGUGGAAGCUCUUGACAAGGCCAUGGCCAACAUCCAAGCUUCAAAUCAAGCGGGGAUGAAACAGAGGGGGAUGUAUGAAAUGCGAGUUGAGACGGUCGUCGCUUUCCCUUCUGAUCCAGAUAUCAUUAAGGCAAAACGGGACAACAGCUGCAGCUAUGCCUUGCAUGCGAAAGAGGGAGUGGUCACCAGCUUCACCACGCCCGGCUUCCCAAACAGCGCCUACCCGUCCAACACCCGAUGCCUCUGGGUCCUGAGAGCCGAUGCGGGUUCCGUAAUCAGCCUGACCUUCACGACGUUCGACUUCGAGCCCUGCAGCUCGGGGAACGACUUCGUCAAGGUGUAUGACACGCUGACCGCCUCCGAACCCCGCAUGCUGGUGAAGCUGUGUGGCAGCUAUGGACCAUCCUACAACCUGACCUUUGUCUCCUCUACAAAUGUUCUCCUGGUCAUGCUGAUCACAGAUGCCACGGUGCGGUAUCCCGGGUUCAAGGCAGAGUUCUUCCAGAUGCCAAAGGAGAAAAAUUGUGGCGCAGAUUUGACGGCAAUAUCCGGAACCUUCUCCUCCCCUUAUUACCCAGCCCACUAUCCUCCUAGUACAGAUUGUGUCUGGAAUAUAGUGGUCCCGCCGGAGAAGAAAGCGAAGGUGCGCUUCAACAACUUCUUCCUUGCCGAGCCUGGGACCCCACUCAAUUCCUGCCCCAAAGACUAUGUGGAAGUCAACAACAUCAAGUACUGCGGCGAGAAGAAGCAAUUUGUGAUACUGAGCAAAACCAACAAGAUUUCCGUCCGUUUCCAUUCGGAUGUUUCGUUGGUAGACAGCGGCUUUUCGGCAGAGUUCAUGUCCUACCAAACCAACGACCCCUGUCCAGGCAAAUUCGCCUGCAACACCGGCCGCUGUAUCGCCAAGACCCUGCGCUGCGAUGGCUACAAUGAUUGCACGGAUGCCAGCGACGAGAAAAACUGCACUUGCACCGAGAAGCAGUUCAGAUGCCGGAACGGAUAUUGCAAGCCGAAACUAUGGUUCUGCGACGGCAUGGACGACUGCGGGGACGGCAGCGAUGAGGCAGAGUGCAAAUGUCCGGCAAAUAACAUGCGGUGCAGCAACGGCAACUGCAUCCCGGAGAGCAAGAAAUGCGACGGCAAGGAUGACUGCGGCGACGGCAGCGACGAGGGGAGCUGUGGCCGUGCGGACACCGUCUCCUGCAAAACGUACACCUACAAGUGCCGCAACAACCAGUGCUUGAGCAAGAAGAACCCGGAAUGUGAUGGGACUAAGGACUGCAGUGAUAACUCGGACGAGGACAGUUGCAACUGUGGCAAGCGCUUCUACAGCAAGCAGUCCCGGAUUGUCGGUGGGGAGGACUCCGACGAAGGCGAGUGGCCGUGGCAGGUCAGCUUCCACACCAAGGACACCGGUCACUUCUGCGGGGCCUCCUUGAUAUCUCAGAAUUGGGUGGUGUCUGCAGCGCAUUGCUUCCAGGAUGACUGGAGGAGGCAUUUGGACCCCAGGACGAUAACAGCCUACAUGGGGCUUCUUGACCAGGGGGACAGGAGCAACAGCAACGUUCAGCAGCGGGGCCUGAAGAGGGUCAUCCGCCACCCGUACUUCAAUGACGCCAGCUACGACAACGACAUUGCCGUGGCAGAGCUGUCCAGCCCAGUCGAGUUCAACAAAUACAUCCAGCCCAUCUGCUUGCCUGAUGUCACCCAUGACUUCCCCGUUGGCAAAUCCCUCUGGGUGACGGGAUGGGGAGCCACUCAAGAGUCAGGAAACGGUGCCAGCAUCUUGCAGAAGCUCGAAAUCCGUGUGAUCAACCAGACCGUGUGCAAGUCCCUGAUGGUGCCCAAUGAUGUGACAGAGCGCAUGAUGUGUGUCGGGGUCCUCACAGGCGGGAAAGAUGCCUGUCAGGGAGACUCCGGUGGGCCACUGGUCAGCUUGGAGGCCAACAACACAUUGUUCCUGGCUGGCGUGGUCAGCUGGGGGGAAGGCUGUGCCCAGAGGAACAAGCCGGGAAUGUACACUCGUGUUUCGGCGCUGCGGGCCUGGAUCAAAGAGCAAACCGGCGUGUAGGUGGCUGCGGCGACUGGGACGGUUCAUACGACUCUCCCUUUUUCUCUGGGUCUGUCAAGCUUGCAGCUGAAGACACUCCCCUGUGAUAUGAAGGGGGUUCUGCAAAUCUUGUUCGCUCCUCUA